AUGUCCAAUGGACUUGCACCUGUCAACGCGAGGACGGAGGACUUGUUUGACAGCGUGGCGGAAGCUUCUGGCAGGGAGCUGACCCUGGUCUCGCGCCUGGACCACCCGACAUCAGGUGUGCUUCCCAUGGCGCUUGGGCCGGAGGGGUCAGUGGCGGCAAAUUGGCUACAAGCUCAAUUUGCUGCGCGACUGGUGCUCAAGGAGUACCUUUGCUUGGUCGAAGGCUGCUCAGUCGGACGCGUGGGCUCCACCGCCAAAAUCAAUGCCCCUUUGCAGACGAUCAAACGAAGAGAUCAGCUGCGGACUGAAGUCUCUUCAUUGGGGCGGGAAGCAGUGACAGAGUACGAGGUGCUGGCAAGAUAUGAUGCCGGGGCUUCCACCAAUCGGACCUUGUCUCUGCUCGUUGCACGCCCUCGAACUGGCAGAACACAUCAGAUUCGCGUUCACAUGGCAAGCAUUGGUGCCCCGAUUGUCGGCGAUUUGACUUACGGAAUGAAGCAUGAUUCUGCCGUGCCUUCAUGCGGACGUCUUUUCCUGCACUGCCGUCGCAUCAAGUGCAAAGACUUGAAGAAGAAUGAUUUCGAAGCGGAGGCGGCUUUACCUCCUGAGCUUCUUGAAGUCCUUCGGCAGCUGCAAAAAGUUGAAUAA